UGGAUGGCAGCGGGUUUGGUUUUUGGUUUACCCAGUAUAUUUAGUUAGGAAUGCUUUUCUUUGUAACAGAAAGCCUAAUCAGCAAUGGCUUACACUAAGGGUGAUUUAUUUUUCUCCCAUUAGUUUUUGUAUCUGCUGAAGUUUGGAGGUAGGUAUCUCUUUGACAUUGAUUUAGCAGCCCAACGAUGUCAGGGCUAUUGGUUUUGUAAUUUUCUUAGCCUGUCCUUCAUGGUGGCAAGAUUGGUACCCUAGUUGUAGGCAUUGCCCAGGCACCAAGAAAUGGGAUGGGUUGACAUCAGCAUCUCUCUUUAUUUUUCCAGGAAAGCACAAGCCUUCCUGGAAGCCUUGCAGCACAGCAGACUACCACCUGUCUUAUUGGUCCACACUGUUUCCCAUGGCCACCCCUAACCUUGAAGGAAAGCUGUAGGAGUGUGAUUUCGUUUUUCCAGCCUCUGGUGGAAAUGGAGAAAGGAGGAGUUUGGAAAUGGAAAAGGCAUCAGAUGCAGAUUUAUGGCUCCUGAAUAGUUGUACUGUAAAAAACCCAGCUGAAGACCACUUUAGGAACUCAAUUAAAAAAGCCCAAGAGGAGAACAAGAAAGUAGUGCUAGCUGGAUGUGUUCCUCAAGCCCAGCCUCGUCAGGACUACCUUAAAGGACUGAGUAUCAUAGGGGUUCAACAGAUAGAUCGUGUGGUAGAAGUUGUAGAGGAAACAAUUAAAGGUCACUCUGUGAGACUGCUGGGUCAGAAAAAGGAUAAUGGAAAACGGUUGGGGGGAGCACGACUGGAUUUGCCAAAGAUUAGGAAGAACCCACUAAUAGAAAUCAUUUCCAUCAAUACUGGGUGUCUCAAUGCUUGUACCUACUGCAAAACUAAACACGCCAGAGGAAAUUUGGCCAGUUAUCCAAUUGAUGAACUAGUAGAUAGAGCCAAACAGUCUUUUCAAGAGGGUGUUUGUGAGAUAUGGUUGACCAGUGAAGACACAGGGGCUUAUGGCAGAGAUAUUGGCACCAGUCUCCCCGCACUACUCUGGAAGCUGGUUGAAGUGAUUCCUGAGGGAGCGAUGCUGAGGCUGGGCAUGACAAAUCCGCCCUAUAUUUUAGAGCAUCUGGAGGAAAUGGCGAAAAUCCUUAAUCACCCCAGAGUCUACGCCUUUCUGCAUAUACCAGUCCAGUCUGCCUCUGACACUGUACUCAUGGAAAUGAAAAGAGAAUACUGUGUGGCUGACUUCAAAAGAGUAGUGGAUUUUCUGAAAGAGAAAGUUCCUGGAAUAACUGUUGCUACAGACAUCAUCUGUGGUUUUCCUGGAGAAACAGAUCAAGAUUUUCAGGAAACAGUGAAACUUGUCGAAGAGUACAAAUUCCCAAGCCUCUUUAUUAACCAGUUUUACCCAAGACCAGGAACUCCUGCUGCAAAAAUGGAACAAAUUCCAGCACAAGUGAAAAAGCAAAGGACAAAAGAUCUUUCUCGGGUAUUUCAUUCUUACAAUCCAUAUGAUCACAAGAUUGGUGAAAGACAACAAGUGUUAGUAACAGAAGUAUCUUUUGAUUCCAAGUUUUAUGUUGCACACAAUCGAUUCUAUGAGCAGGUAUUAGUGCCAAAGAACCCCUCAUUCAUGGGGAAAAUGGUCAAAGUGGACAUUUAUGAAUCAGGAAAGCAUUUUAUGAAAGGGCAGCCGGUAUCAGACGCCAAAGUCUACACGCCAUCCAUCACCAAACCAUUAGCAAAGGGAGAAGUCUCGGGUUUAACAGAGGAAUUCAUAAAUAGGUGUGGGAAUCACUUGAGUUCACUCUCCCACACCUCUGCUGCCAUUCAGCGGGAUUCGGUGAGUUCCAGAACGGUGCUGCUGAUGCAGAGGCUACAGGAGGAAUGCAUACUGAAGAUCUCUGUGGGCCUGGCUCUGUUGGCUCUUCUUUUUGCUUUCUUUGUGAAGGUCUAUAAUUAGAACACAACUGAAUGAAGCACCUGUGAAGAAUAACUUUCUAAUUAAAAUCUUCAUUGAGCAGGAAAGCAACCACGUCAACUCUCAAAGGGCAAUCAUUUGUACUGGUCCCACUGCCUUCUCUUCAGCCACACUUUUUAAUGAGGCUCACCCUGUCUCACAUUGAAUUGGACCCAUUGGUUAUUUGACCUAAAACCUAAUAGCAGCUGCCAUGGCAUAUCUUUUCAAUUAAGCUCUUUUUAGUUUAUUUUCAGCAAGAAAGUGCAAGUGGUUGCUUUUUUUUUUUUAAGUCUCAGCCUUCAAGUCAGAACCUAAUUUGUAAAGUGGCUGUGGUCAUCUUUAUUUGUGUGGGAAGAAUUUUGCAUCUUUAAUAAACGUUUUUAAAUGUCUUCUUUCUCUUUAUGCUUUGGUGUCGGAGUCACAAUGCAAAAUGCCUGAGAAAGUUUUCACAGCAGAUGUGUGUGUUCCUGAAAGUUUAAAUAGAAACCUAUUCUGGGAACUCGAAUCCUGUUGGAAUGUGCCGGAAGAGCCUGCCAAUUAAAAGGAUUCUUGGCAAGGUUUUGUGAGGUGUGAGGAAUCACCCACUUGUUUAGUACCUGCCAACUUUCAGAAAUCGAAUUUGUCUAAAACAACCUAUGCCCCUUCUCUGAUGUUUUUGAUCGAUCAGGUCGAAUGUUUUCCUUUCUACCUCACAUCCUUGGCCUUUACUAAAUGAAGUAAUUUCUUUUGCAAUAAAGGAAAUUGGUGUAGUAAAGAAAUCUUAGGUCUAUCAGAAUUUAAAAAACUAUGUGGAUUGUGUGUUGUUGUUAGCUGCCAUUGAGUAGACCUCCGACUCAUGGCAACCCCGUGCACAACUGAACAAAACACACUGCCCGUCCCGCACCAUCCCUAUGGUUGUGGGUCAGACCAUUUUGAUUCAUAGGGUUUUCAUGUCUGAUUUUAGGAAGUAGAUUGCCAGGCCUUUCGUCCUGGCCUGUCUUAGUCUGGAAGCUUGGCUGAAACCUGUUCAGCAACAUGCAAGCCUCUGCUGACAAAUGGGUGGUGGCUGCACAUGAGAUGCACUGCUUGUAUUGUACAGACACAGGGAAAUCAAGGAGCCCUGGUGGUGCAGUGGUUAAGCCUUCAGCUGCUUACCAAAAGGUCAACAGUUCAAAUCCACCAGCCACUCUUUGGAAACCCUAUGAGGCAGUUCUACUCUGUCCCGUAGGGUCAAUAUGAGUUGGAAUCAACUUGACGGCAAUGAGUUUGGUUGUUUGUUUUUUUUAUGGUUACCACAGGAUUUUUUUCAUCUUUAAACUGACACCCCUGUUCAGCACUUCCUUUUAUCUUAUCAUGUUUCAACCUUUUAUGUGUCCUUUCAAAAAUCAAACCUUUUAAAUUUUGAAAAAAUUUAAAAUUGAAUUAUAUCAUCAGUUGGUAAAUGAAAAAAAAAAACUUUAGCAUCAGUACACUUCUCCCAAACCUAGUAUAUGCUUCUAAGAAAAAGGCACAUUUACAAUGCAAAGCUGCCUGUGCCCUUCAAGAGUCCCACAGCCUCAUGUCUACUUGGGAGCCUCCCCUUAUCUCACAGCAAGAUUAGGGAGAAGUGUUGGCAGAGUAUAGGAGCCUACCAGCUACCUCCUUUCUUGAGCUACCUGCAAAGCCAUUUCUUUCUUAAUAAACAGAAUGAGUUCCAGUGUGGUACUUAUUUGAUGACAACCUAGCAGAGGUGAAAAUACUACUCAAAGCCUAGAGUCACACUAUAUAGGACAUAAGGAGAAUUUUAUACCUACAACUCACUGGAGGCUUCUUUCCUGCUUCUAUUUCCUCACCCUUCCUCUCGCCCCUCAUCUGUUUCUUCCCUCUUCUCUGGCUGUAUGCUUUCCUCUUCUCCACUCUGCUUCCUCUAAGACAAUGUUACACCCAGGUGUUCAACAGCCCCCUCACCACUGUGGUACCAAUUCUCAAGGAGUGUUUCGGCUGUACAGGAUGCCCCCACACACCCCAGCGGUUAAACCCAUAACCCAUUGCCUUCGAAUCCAUCCCUGCAGGACAGAGUAGAACUGCCUCAUAGGGUUUCCAAGGCUGUAAGUCCUUACAGAUGCAGAUUAUCACAUCUUUAUCCUGUGGAGCAGCUAGUGAGUUCAGAUUGCUGACCUUUUGGUUAGUAGCCAAGCACUUAACCACAGCGCCACCAAAGCUUCCUUACCCAAGCGUUCCAAACCCAUUGCUGUUGAGUCAAUUCUGACUUCACAGAAACCCUAUAGGACAGAGUGGAACUGCCCCAUAUGGUUUCCAAGGAGUGGCUUGUGGAUUCAAACUGCCUGCCUUUUGGUUAGCAGCCAAAAGCUUAACUACUACACCACCAGGGCUCCACUCAAGUUGUUGUUGUUGUUAGGUGCCAUCAAGUUGAUUCUGACUCAUAGCAACCCUAAGCACAAAAGAAUGAAACACUGCCUGGUCCUGGGCCAUCCUCACCAUCGUUGCUAUGCUUGAGCCCAUUGUUGCAGCCACUGUGUCAAGCCGUUUCUUACCCUCGUUAGGCUGUAACUCCACUCUGCUCUUUAGUCUGGAAAGUUAAAAAGCCACCACCCUGCAUCGGGGACUGGAUCGCACAUGAUAUCAGUCACCAUAUUCCUACCAAUUGGUGAGGGGCAUAGAAGUGGCCAUGGUCUGGAAAUUCUUUUUCCCAUGACCUCCUGCUUGGAGGGAGAGGAAAAGGAUGUGGUAGGUGCCUACAACACAGUUCUCUGUAGACAGGACUCUGGAUGGACUGAGACUGAGAGCCUUGGGAGCAAGUGUGUCAUCAGUAGAGCUGUUAUCUUUCCAGCGUAUCCCCUUUCUGGCCCUGAACUUGCCCUGCACCUUGCAAGUUAGCCAUAGCAGGUGACCUCUCUGGCCAGCGAAAUCUCAGCGGAAGGGGCAUGUCCCCUCUUUGGGCAGACAUGUUCAAGGCCAGUGUACAGUUCCCCAUGUGCUCUUCCCAUUGCUGUAGUGAUUGUGGACACACAUGUCAAGAUGAAGCCUCCCUCAGCCUUGGCCCCAAGUUAAUGCCAUGAGCUCAGUCCCCUGCCAGCAUGUGUUAGACGUGUAUUGGUAAGCAAGCAAUGAGCUUCUGUUGUGUUAAGCCAAUGAGAUUUUGGGGUUGUUACCAUAGCGUAAGAAUCCCUGGGUGGUGCAAACGGUUAAUGUGCUCAGCUGUUAAACAAAAGAUUGAAGGUUCAAGUCCACCCAGAUGCACCUCAGAAGAAAGGCCUGUUUCCUAAACAUCAGCUAUUAAAAACCCUGUGGAGCACAGCUCUACUCUGACACAAAUGGGGUCUCCAUGAGUCAGAAUUGACACAAUGGCAACUGGUUUUAUUAGAGCAUAUCCUUAUCCAUCCUGAUUCAUGCAGGAAGUCAGCCAUGCCAGGACAGUAGGCUAGCGGGUUGUUGUGCCUCAUGU